CGCCCCUACAUUUAUGCAUCAUUAUUUUCACGAUACUGUGAAUCUAUCAGUCUGGGUUACAUUAAUUAACAGAGGGAUGAUGUUACUCUCUUUCACCGAUGCAUGAUCCUGUGAAUUCAUCAGAAAUUAUCAGAAGGUUGUCAUGAACCAGUUUACUCAUGAAGUCAAAACUGUGCCUCUUGACCUACAUUUCUUCAACCUAAUCUGUAAUUAUUUUCAUGGUGGCUCGUCUCCUCAGGGACAAGUAGUAGAAGGCUGUCAGACACUGUCUGGACAGGGAAGAUGAGGUGUAAUCCAGGGUUAAAAUUUAACUGCCAGAGAGAGUGAAAGUGAGUGAAUGAAAGAGUUAAGAAGAGAGACGACGCUGAAAGACCUGUCAGCUGCCUCAAGACUAAUCCUAAACCCAUAGCCUUGAAGGCAUAUUCAUCUCUGGUGGCAGGAUGAAGUUUGAGGAUGUUCUUUUGGAAGUCAAUGGUUUCGGACGAUUCCAGAAGCUUAUAUUGACGCUUAGCUUUCUUGGCCGUUUCACUUUACCUUGUCAUUUCAUGUUAACCAACUUUAUAGCAGCUAUUCCAUCACAUCAUUGCGACAUCAGUGGCCUGGACACCAAUGGUGCCUUUGCCAAUCUCACUAUUGCGCAGAGACGGGCCGUCAGCAUCCCAUUAGAAGCAGAUGGAGAACCCUCAUCCUGUCUGAUGUUCUCCGAGCCCCAGUUCCACCUGCUGUCCAACUCCUACAACACCACCGACCUUCCUGCUGCUGAGCCGUGCCAGAAUGGAUGGGUGUUUGACAACAGGACUUUCAAAAGCACCCUUGCCUCUGAGUGGGACUUGGUGUGUAAGAACAAAGGCUUGAACAAAGCCACAACCACCAUUUUCUUCAUAGGAGUCAUGUUUGGAGCUUUGACUUUUGGGAGCCUCAGUGACAGGUAUGGAAGGAGGAUUAUGCUACUUAGCUCCUACGUGUUGGGUAUGGUCUUUGGACUGAUCAGUGCCUUCUCUACCUCCUACAUAAUGUUUGCUGUGCUGCGAUUCCUCACCGGCUUCAGCAUCACUGGCAUAGUCAUUGUCUCCUCUGUGCUAGUUGUGGAGUGGGUCGACAUUGAACACAGGAAAUUGGUUGGUGUUGUGGACAGCUUAUCAUGGACAUUUGGGAAUCUCCUUUUCCCCCUCAUCGCCUAUUGCAUCAGAGACUGGAGGUGGCUUACCAUUGCUGUGACAUGUCCAGUCAUUCCAGCCAUAAUAUCCUGGUGGUGGGUUCCAGAAUCCGCUAGGUGGUUAAUUGCCACGGGGCAGCUGGAGAAGGCCCAGUAUUAUUUGCAUAAAUGUGCCAGAAUGAACCAGAGAGAGGCGACCUCAUCCACUAAACCUGAGAACCUUGCCUUGAUUGUACUGACUGAGAAGAGUGGAAGGAAGUACACUUACUUGGAUCUAGUGAGGACACCAAAAAUGAGACGACUGGCAAUGUUGACAGGCUUUACAUGGUUUGGGGUUGCUUCAACGGCCUAUGGGAUUGGUUUUAACAUCACAGGAUUCGGAGUAGACAUGUACCUCACACAGCUCAUAUAUGCUGCCACUGAACUUCCUGCAAAAUUUUCGGUGUACUACCUGCUGGAAAAGUUUGGUCGCCGCAAAACUGAAGCCGGAUCUCUGUUUCUGACGGGUGUCUGUCUUGGUAUUAAUAUAUUUGUUCCCAAAGCUCAUGCAGCAGUACGGACCAUAGUAGCAACUCUGGCUAAAGGUUUCUCUGGCGUGUCUUUUUGCACCGUGGUUCUCUACUCUUCAGAGCUGUUUCCUACAGUAAUCAGGCAAAACGGGAUGGGCUACAACUCCUCCAUGGCUCGACUGGGAGUGGCAGUAGCUCCCUUGAUCCUGCUCCUGGAUGAUAUCUGGGGCAGUCUUCCUCAGGUGGUCUUGUGCUCUAUUGCCAUUCUGACCAGUCUGAUUGCCAAUUUCCUGCCAGAGACCCGGGGCAAGUGCCUACCAGAGACCAUUGAAGACAUUGAAAGACCCAAGGUACUCGUGUCAGAGACUAAUGAAAAGAUGUGACACCGUUGUAUUUCCAGUUCCAAAGAUGAAAGGAACAACUUGUGAAUAAUCUUCAAUAAAUGUACAGCCAUACUACACUCAACUACCCCCGCAAUGACUGAUUUGUCCAUUGGAUGAACCUUUGUAGCAUGUGCUCUACUAAUUGCAGUGUUAGUUCAAUGUUACGCCCUUGGUGUGUUACGCCUAACGUCAAUGUUGCGCCCAGCUUCUUUUGUUCCAACCUCUCAAUAAUCUGACAAUUUCCUCUAUGUUUCGUAAGAUCUGACCUAUUAUUUGCUUCACUGACAUGUACUUUUGAAAUGUAAUGGAGGCAAAACAACAACAACAACAACAGCUGCACAUUCCAAAGGAGUCUGACAAGAUAAUCCUACUUGCGUAUCCUCACCAAAAUAAUGGGAUAACAUUGCAGGGUGUUACCGUGUUUCAGAACUAGAUUACCAUACAUUUCCUCACAGAAAACGCUGGAGUAUGCCUGCCAUACCUGCCAUAUACUGACUCACAGUGGAUAUGUCAGCACAUGAUAGAUUAGUAGGGUUAUCUUUUCACACUUUGAUGUGCUGUUGAUUUUUGCUCGAUUACAUUCAAUAAAUGACACAUUGUGUGUACUGCCUUUAAUGGCCCUGUUUCUUUCUUUGCAAAAACAUAAUCUUUUGGUCAAAACAAGAUGUGGUGAGACAGUUCUCAGUGUCUUGCAUUACAAGUAAAACAUUAAUAAUAAUAAUAUAUAGCAUAUUUUAAUUAUGCUAUACUCUGUUUUGCUUGUUUAUUUUGUUUAUAUUUUUCUUUGUUUGUAAAGCACAUUGAAUGAUCUUGCUGCAUGAAAUGUGCUAAUAAACUGUACAUACUUAAAGUCACCUUAUACAGUACGGUAAUGGAAUUUUCCACUAGCACAAAAAUAUUGUCACAUGCACGCAAAAAAGUCUCCACCAAAAAAAUGUCUCAAACACUAAUGUGUUGAUGGAUCACCUUCAGCUUUACAACG